AUGGCCAGAUCAAAACGGCACACCAAAAGAGCCAGUUGUUAUAAUACCAAAGUGAUGGAGUUUAAGGAGUUUUUUGAUCUCUCUGCGUUGGCUAAUCAGGUGAUCAAUAACCGCAACAAAGACGAGAACGGAGAUCGAAUCAACUGGCUAAAAAUCAAGAGCUUUCGAUUUAGGAAAGAUAGACCGGGGAAAAUUGAGUACAAGUACAUGCACUCGGAAGAGUACAAGACAAUUUCUGUGCACUGCAUCGGGCGACCGCGUACCCUACCCACUAGGCUUCCUCAACUGUAUAAAAAACGACUGCCCAUUAGUGUCCAGAAGAAAAAAGACCUUCUGAAGCUGUGCCGACAAGGAGCAAUCCCUGAAGACUUCCCAUGGUACAAACAGCUGCCAACAUCAAGCACUGCCGAAGAUUAUGCCGAGAAUCAUUCAGAAGAAGAGGGAGAUCAACAAGAUGAU